AUGGUUAACGUUCCAAAAACUAGAAAGACCUACUGUAAAGGUAAAGAAUGUCGUAAACACACCCAACACAAAGUUACCCAAUACAAAGCUGGUAAAGCUUCUUUGUUUGCUCAAGGUAAAAGAAGAUAUGACAGAAAACAAUCCGGUUAUGGUGGUCAAACCAAACAAAUUUUUCACAAGAAAGCCAAGACUACCAAGAAAGUUGUUUUGAGAUUGGAAUGUGUUGUCUGUAAAACCAAGGCUCAAUUACCAUUGAAAAGAUGUAAACAUUUCGAAUUGGGUGGUGACAAAAAACAAAAAGGUCAAGCUUUACAAUUUUAA